UCGUUGGGCGCCAUGACACCGUGACGCCAACACUUCACCCGUUCGUCCCUUCAGCUGUCUCGUCUAUUAACGGGUGGACGUGUUCUCGUCACCCGGCCCGGAGUAUUCUCGACCCACAUCGGUAACCACUUAGGAAAUCGUACAAAGGACGUGACACAUUUUCGCCCGCUGCAAUGGCAUACGGUGAACGCGAUCGUUCCGACAGACGAGGAGGCGGCGGCGGCGGUGGAACGCGCGGUGGUGGUGGCAGAUUCGGUGGACGCGACGGAGGUGGAGGAGGCAGUAGAUUUAGUAGCAGCGCAAACAGAGACAGCAGUUUCGGGAACAAUAAUUUUAAAAAUCGACAGCCUGGUGAGCGUCUACGUAAACCACGAUGGGACAUGAGCACUCUACCGCAAUUUAGAAAGGACUUUUACCAGCCACAUCCUAACGUAAUGGCACGGAGUAUUCACGCUGUGGAGGGGUAUCGUUCCAAUAAAGAGAUCACGGUGAAGGGGGCUAACGUUCCAGGUCCCAAUAUUUAUUUCGAAGAGGGUGGCUUUCCGGACUACGUUCUCAACGAGAUUCGUAGACAAGGAUUCGGCGAACCGACCGCGAUCCAGGCGCAGGGUUGGCCCAUUGCCUUGUCCGGCCGAGAUAUGGUCGGUAUAGCGCAGACGGGUUCAGGAAAGACACUAGCAUACAUUUUACCAGCGAUCGUGCAUAUAAAUCAUCAGCCCAGGCUGAGCAGAAAUGAUGGACCGAUUGCAUUGAUCUUGGCACCGACUCGAGAAUUAGCACAGCAAAUUCAGCAAGUUGCAUCAGAUUUUGGUAUGUCUUCUCAGGUGCGAAACACUUGCAUCUUCGGUGGUGCUCCAAAAGGACCCCAGGCGCGCGACCUCGAACGCGGCGUAGAGAUUUGCAUUGCUACGCCUGGUCGUCUUAUAGACUUCUUAGAGCGCGGAACCACAAAUCUACGUAGAUGUACAUAUCUAGUGCUCGACGAGGCCGAUAGAAUGCUUGAUAUGGGCUUCGAGCCGCAAAUUAGGAAAAUUGUAGAACAAAUUCGUCCCGAUCGUCAGACUCUCAUGUGGUCGGCAACGUGGCCAAAAGAAGUGCGUAAUCUCGCGGAAGAAUUCUUAACGGACUAUAUACAGAUCAACAUUGGCUCUUUACAAUUGGCUGCCAAUCAUAAUAUUUUGCAAAUUGUGGAUGUAUGCGAGGAAUACGAGAAGGAGAGUAAACUCAUGAAACUGCUGGAAGAGAUCUCGAACGAACCAGAAAAUAAGACUAUAAUAUUUGUGGAAACUAAGAGAAAAGUCGAUGAUAUAACAAGAGCUAUUAAUAGAUACGGAUGGCAAGCAAUUGGCAUUCAUGGAGACAAAAGCCAACAAGAAAGAGAUUAUGUAUUAAACCAGUUCCGGAAUAGCAGGUCUGCCAUCCUUGUGGCUACCGAUGUGGCGGCGAGAGGUUUAGAUGUCGAGGAUGUCAAAUUUGUGAUAAACUUGGACUAUCCGUCCAACUCUGAGGACUAUGUGCACCGUAUUGGACGCACGGGUCGCUCGCAACGUACAGGAACCGCGUACGCCUUUUUUACGCCAGGAAAUGCUCACAAGGCUGGUGACUUAAUCCAGGUUCUAGAAGAGGCUAAGCAAGUUGUCAAUCCAAAACUGUAUGAUUUAUCCCGGAAUCCCGGCGUUUAUAAGCGAGGACGAUAUGGUGGACGCAGUGGUGGUGGAGGCGGCGGACGAGGAUCCGGAGGCCGUGGUGGUUCACGAGGUACCCGUGGAGGACGCGACACGGGAGAUAGAGGUGGAAGAUUCGACCGCUCUUCCGGUACUGGCGCGAGCGAUCGCGGCAACAAAUGGUCCGGAAGCAGUAGCGGUGGCAUGGGCGGAGCUAGCUAUGGAAGCAGUAAAUCGUUCCCUCAAAACAAUUUUGGGAGCGGAGCUUCUGGUGGUGGCUCCAGUAGCUAUAACCAGAACAAUAGCGGAUACGGCGGAAGCAGCUACAGACAACAAAACGGCUAUUAACUUGGAACGAACGGUCAAAUAAUACUCUCGUCUGCGUUCCAGAGGGAAUAAUAGUGGUCGACGGUUGAGCUGAUCAGCCCCGAAUUGCGGAGAAUCGUUCCAAAAAAUUUACACACAUUCUCACGAGCAUUCGUCUCCUUUUUUUCUUUUCUAAUACACGUCAACUUCAUUAGUUUUAAGUAAUAUAAUAUUAUCAAAUAUGCAAGUCACACAUAUGUUACAUUUAGGAUAGCUCCUUAAUAUAUUUCAGCGGUCAAUUGUUUUGCACGAUUGUCGCCGAAUGAUAUAGUAUUACAAUUCGAUUGGCUUGCCACUGUACAUUCAAUAAAAUAGUGUAAGAAUGACACUAUGAAUCUAAAAUGUGGCGUUCCUUUUUGCUAAAUGGUUUCUCUCAGAUGUUUCCUUGACGCACUAUAUGCGUAUUUAUUUUCUACUUUUAUGUGCGUAUUUAUUUCUAAUAUUAUCGAUAUCGUUAUACAUAGCGAUAUAAACUUUUAUUUAUAUUUGUAUUGCAAUUUAUUUCGAUGAUAAACAUAUUUACAGAUAUUCCAAUAUGUGUUGUAUAUUAAAUGUAUAAACGUGUGCUCGAGAUCUGUA